AUGGCAGACGAAGAUACGCGCAACACCAGCAUGCUGGAGCUGAACGAGACUGUAAAGCUGAACGAAGGCGAGAAUGGAGAAACAAAUGGCCCUGUACACCCACGGAAAGGAAUGCCGGAGUGGAAAUGGAAGGGCACCCUUGCGGUCAUCUUGCUGCAGACUAUUAUUAGCGGGUACGAUGUUAGCAAUGUCGCGAAUAUCCAAGCUCGCCUGUAUGAGACCUUUGGAAAUAUCGAGCUUCUGCCCUGGGUGGGUCUGUCGUACAGUUUGGCCAACUUUGCGCUUAUCUCGCUGUCCCGCAAGAUCUUGUUUGUUUGCAACAUGCGCUGGGUAUACAUUGCUAGCGUGGUGAUAUUCAUGGUCGGUGCUGCAGUGGGCGGAGCGGCGCCGAGCAUCCAGGCUGUCAUUGUUGGGCGAAUCAUCAUGGGCAUCGCCGGCGCCAUCGUCUACCAAAGGUAUCCGCUCAUUUAUCGUUCCUUACUGAGCGCGAUCAAUGCUGAUAUUUCCAGUAACAUGACGUUUGUCUCAGUGUUCGCCACUCCGGCUGAGCAGCCCCAAAUUUUUGGCCUGCUAGGCGCCAUCUGGGCCGCCGGGCUGGUCGUUGGAGGGCCUAUUGGGUCUGCUCUGGCGUCGAACCCAAACACUACCUGGCGAUGGGCCUUCUACAUGAACUUGCCCUGGGUCGGAUUGAGUCUGGUCUUGACCAUCGUGUGCUUCCCAAGCCAGUACUUUGGGCCCGACAUCCCUGUUCUUCAACGCAUCCGCAAGAUAGACCCUGUCGGCGUCCUUCUAAACGCCGCCUCCACCGUGCUCUUUGCCGUAGCCUUGCAGUUCUCCGGCCCAAUCUGGAGCUGGGAUUCCGGUGCCACGAUUGCAGUCUGGAUCGUCUUUGGGGUCGUCACCAUCGCCUGGAUUGUCCAGCAAUGUUUCUGCAUUUUCACCACGCCCGAGGAGCGCUCGUUGCCCCUACACCUUCUCAAGCGCCUCGACCUAGUCCCACUGUUCGUGGCGUCCGGCUGCGCGGGCGCCUCCUACGCCGUCACGCUAUACUACACGCCGCUCUUCUUCGCCUUCUCCCGCGGUCACGAUGCCAUGGAGCAGACAGUCCGUAUUUUGCCAUUCAUUCUUGUCUUCAUCAUCACUGUCUUCCUUGUCGGAGGUACCGUCCUCCCCCGUCUGGGGCGCUACAAUCUCAUCUACUAUGUCUCCGGCCUCACCAUGACCGCUGGCGGAGCGGCACUGGCAGCCACAAUGUCGGCAUCCACUUCAGAGUCCCAGAUCAUGGGAUUGGGGGCUCUGAUCGGCGUCGGGCUAGGCUGUUCCUUCCAGCAUGGCAUUGGUAUUUCUAAUGUCAUCAACCGCGACGGUAGCCCGCAGGACCGCGUUGACAGCGCGCUGCUAUUCAACAUGUCUCAGAUGGGCUCGAUUACGAUAGUCCUCGUCAUUGCCGGCGCAAUCUUCCAUAAUGUCGGCUUCUCUUUGCUAGACAAGGCGAUUGGCGAUCGGGGAUACUCGGAGAGCGAUCUGCGCGAGGCACUGGCGGGUGUUUCCUCGGUGGUCUGGCAAUCGAGGGAUCCCGAGGUGGUCAGGCGCGGAAUUGAAGCCGUUUCAACAGUUCUUGCAAGGGAGUUCUACUUGGUCGUGGCGUCGGGUGCGCUCUGCCUGGUGUGCGCGGCGGCGAUGAAGUGGGAGAAGUUGGAUUAUGGCCGUAAGCCGUAA